AUGCAUUUUCUAGUGAUCCUUUCUCUGGCUACGUUCUCUCUCGCCUACCAGGUCACUUCUCCCGCUUCGGGCACAUCCUGGUCAUGCCUGGGUCCCAAUACCAUGACGUGGACCCGCGCCCCAACAGAUCCCCCGACCUUCGCUGUAGUCCUUGUCAACGAUAAAUACGGCACUGCAGACUUUUGCGCUUGGGGGGUCGAUGGCUCCCUGAACCAGACCGCCAUGUCCCCGCCCUACGGUCGUGGUCAGUUCAUUCCUGGCGAUGGAUAUCACCUCAACGUCGUCAGGGACACGGAUCAUUACAAUGCCAUCCUUGCCCAGUCAAACCUGUUCUCAAUCAGCCAAUGCGAGACUCUGCUUUCCUCCGCCGAGGCAUCCGAACCGUGA